CCUGUCAGGUACCUCAUCCUCGUCGGGGCGUUCGUGACUGUGGUCUCUGGCGCCGCGGGGCUGCUGGUCGGGCUCGCCGUUGGCAGUGGAGUAUCGCUCAUACGGCCACGACGUCCGGAGACGCAGGUCCUCGUCCACUAUCCAGAUGACGAGAACGGGCUUGUGUGGCAUCAUCGCGUUCUUCUGUAUCGUGUUGCUGGGGGCCGAUGGGUAUGCCUCACGCCCGACCUGGGCAUGCUGAUUCAUGAUCUCAACGUGCAGCGGCACCGCAACAUCGGUCGGAGGGAGGCUUUCCCGCCCGACCUUGCGGCCCGCUGCUAUGUCUUUGACGACGACGGCGUUGGCCGGGCGCAGCUCGACGAACUCAAGCGCCAGGCCCGAGUGCAGGCUGCCAUCCUCGGUGACGUGGAGUUCGAGGACGCCGAGGAAGUCAAGUGGCUGGUGUAUGAGGCGGGGAACGACCAUUUUGGCAAAGAGGUCCCCGUCGAGGUGCUGGAGGAUGACCAGAGGUUCGUUUCCCUGGGCACGCUCGGGGUGGUCGACUGGCUGGGCGAGAAAAGGUUCGUGGAGCGGGUUGCGGCCGACAAGGUCGACGAGUGGAGGCAGAAGCGCGAGGAGACCGAGAGCGACUCGAGGAUCCUCGGCAUCCAUCGCAAGCAUGGGAAGCGGAACCUCGCGCUGCAUGACGCGGUGCAGCUGUUCACAGAGGACAGCUUUGAGGACUGGCCGUUCCCUCCGCCGCGAGCAGCCCUGGAGUACCUCGAGUCGAUCCGCGAUGGGCCUGGCUCGAUGGUCGUUUACGAGAGCGAGUGGAGGCAGGACAGCGGCGUCGGCGACGGCACCGCGGCCCUCCACGAGCACAGGAACAACGCGGAGGUGCUCAGGCUGGCCCACCAGGUGGAUCAGCUCAAUAUCCCGAACCUGGCGUGCUUCGAGCAGUUGGUUCGGCGCCAGGUCCAGAUCGAGAUGGCUGUGGAGCGGAAUGCGAAGCACCCUGACUACGGAGGCCUGGACCUGGUGCUCGGCGGGCCGACGACGGAGAGUGGUGCUGCCUCCAGCAAGACCUUCCGCGACUGGGUCUACAAGAAGCAGGGCGAGCGCGCCCAGACGCUCAAGCAGGUGCUGCCGUCCGACGGCGACUCCGAGCACAGCGGCGCCGCGGGGAGCUCUUUCCUCUCCCAGCGCCAUCUUCCUCUCUGCCCGCUUCUCCCGGCGCUCCUCGACGCGUUCGGCAGCGACGGCUUGAACAGCGGCAUCGGCAUCGGCGAGACCCUCGCGGAGCUCGCGGCGUCCAGGGACCUGUACUCGCAGGAGCCGAAGAAUCUCGCCGAGUACGACAUCGACAAGCUCAAGAUUUGCCGCUCGGGGACCGUGGCCAAGGACGCAAAGUCGCUCUUGCCGCCCGACGCGGCCGGCCUCAUCCGACACUACGCCCACUGCAUCGAGAGGGACUCGGAGCAGAUACUGGAGUUGCAGGCUGCGCGUGACUUCCCGCGGCCAUACUGGGAUCCCACGCUUGCUCGGGAUCAGGAUGGGCUUCUCCUUCUCAUCGAUCGGCUUCGGCAGGCGAACCUCAUCAGCUUUCGCCGCAAGCUCAAGGCCAAGAUCGGGAUCUUCUUCGUCAAGAAAAAGGACCCCGCUUGGAUUAGGCUCAUUAUCGACGCUAGGCAGGCCAACCGGUGCCAUCGCGCACCACCCAAGACAAAGCUGGGGUCCGUCGGCGGGUUUUGCGAGCUCGACCUGUCGGACUCCGCCUUUCGUGACCUCGGCGGCUUCGGGCCCGUGGCCGAGGUCUGGGGCGGCACCAGCGACGUCGACGACUGCUUCUACCAGAUGCUGGUCGAGGAGCUCGGGUCGUGGUUCGGGAUCGAUAUGCCUAGGGCCGCGGGCGAGUGGGGCGUCUCCAGCGUGUGCGGCGACGACGUCGGGAGGCGCGUCCCCAUCGACUCGACCGCCACCCUCUACCCCGUCUUCCACGGUAUGGCGAUGGGGUGGUCCUGGGCGCUGCACCUGGCCAACGAGGCCGUCACCUUCCUGGCCGGCAAGAGCGCGGUCUGCCCGCGGUCGCUCGUGCGCGAGCGCGCGCCCGCCCCGGCCCUCCAGGUCGGGCAGGCGGUCUCCGGCGUCUACGUGGACAACUUCACGACCAUCGCCAGGGACAGGCUCGGCGCCGAGGACUCGAUCGAGCGGUUCAGGCGCGCGGCGGCGGAGGCGGGGAUCGGCGCGCACGUCGACGGCGACGUCGGGGUGGUCUUCGAGAGCCUCGGGGUCGUCUUCGAUGGCCGACAGCGCUGUUUGCGGCAUCUGCCUCGUCGAGUGUGGCGCGUCUACUUGGCCACGCGGGCCUUGCGGCGGCGCCGCUGGGUCCACGAGAACAUUCUGGAGAUCUGGAUGGGCCACGUGGUCAACCUGUUCGGGCUGCUGCGACCAGGGCUGUCUUGCUUUCAGCAGAUCUACCCGUGCGUGGCCAACGUUCGAGGGCGACGAGUUCGCCUCGCUGACGCCGUCAAGAACGAGAUGCGUCUGGUCCAGGGCCUGUUGUUCCUCUGCGAGUACGACCUGGGCGCGGAUUUCAGCCGCGAGGUCUACUGCUCGGACUCGUCGGACAUCGGCUUCGCGCUGCUCUCUACCAGGGCGACGGAGGCUGAGCUGCGGGAGCUUACCCGCUACCGCGAGAGAUGGAGGUUCAAGCUGGUGGAGACCCUCUCUGAGGUCGCCCUGGUCAGGCCCGAGUGGGCCGAGUACGUUGGAGGUCGCUUGCGGCCUGGAGGUGGAGCUGAUCUGCCCGAGGGUGCCUACGCUGACGUUGCCGUGCGAGGGUCUCGACCCUGUGCCAUUGGCCCGCGGACGCAGCAUGGGCGCCUCCUGGACGAGGAGCGCCACCACCGCCUGGCCGACAAGGCCGACCGAGUCGGGCGACGGACCCGUGAGCCUCGCCCCCGACCACGGCAUGAGGAGGUCGAGGUGCCCAGCGCCAUCCCGCCAGUCGACCAGUGCUGGGACACGCCGCGCCGCUGGGCCCAUCUGCGGGUCGGGCGCUGGAAGUGGACCAAGGAGCACAUCAACAUCAAGGAGGGUCGUGCUUCCUUGUUUGGUUCGCGGAGAGCGACCCGCACUCGCCACAACCACGGCAAGCGGGUCGCGUCGCUGGGCGACAACCUCGUGUCCAUCUGUGCUUUCGAGAAGGGCCGCGCGAAGUCGUGGGCUCUCAAUUCGCUGGCGAGACGGGCGGCUGGAUAUCAGAUCGCCGCUCGGGUUCGCUGGCACUCUCGGCACAUCGAGAGCAAGCGGAACGCUGCAGACGCCGGCUCGCGCCUGCACCAGUCUGGAGGGUCGGCCGAUCGGUCGUCACAUCAUGUCGAGCCUCGUCCAGAGCGAGAUCCAGAGUCGUGUUCGCAUGGCUCGGCAGACCCUCCAGCUGCGACACCAGUCAAGCCACUCGGGGGUAGAGGACCCCUCCGAGCCGCUGUCCCGGGCAAGGAGACCGUGGCGCUCGAGCUCUUUGCUGGCGAGGCUGGCCUCACCUGGGCCCUUCGAUCCCGCGGUCUGCGGGUCGGGCCACCCUGCGAACUGCUGCGAGGCGCGAAGUUCGACCUCACCAGAAAAAGCACUCAUAACCUCAUCAAGUCCUGGAUCCUUGCGGGCCUCGUCUGGUGUAUCCAUCUGGGGACCCCAUGUACGGCCUGGUUUAUUUCGAGAAGGGGAGUGGCUAAUCUGGGAAAGGCUCACGCCAAGGAAGCUAUCGCUGUGGAGCUGGCCCUCUUCACGGCCGAGGUGUGCACGUUGGCCUCCCGAUGCGGGGUCCUCUGGAGUCUGGAGAACCCUGCGUCGUCGGGGCUUUGGGAGUUCGGGCCCGUCGUGGACCUCAUGGGGCUUCCAGAGGUCUUCAAGGUCACCUCCCACAUGUGCCAGUAUGAGGUCUCCCACAAGAAGCCCACCACUAUCCUUACCAACAUGUUGGCCCUGCGCGGGCUCGAGGAGAGCACCGCGGGCGAGAAGUCCAAGGACAUCUACCGACGUGAGCUCACUCGCUUUUUCAGUUGGGCCGAAGAGCGUGGUCUUUCGACCGAGCCCGACGAGCUCGCGAUCACCAUGAAGCAGUACUACUACGUUAAGUUUCAGGAAGGGUAUGGGCCUGGCUUGGGCCGCUCCGUCUUCUUCGGGUACCUUUUGCUGCACUCCGCGAACUACAAGCUCGAGAGGGACCGGCUCAGCGACGUCGAGAGGGCGCUCGCUGGCUGGGCCAAGCGGGCCCGCGAGACCGUGAAGGAUCCCGCUCCCCAGGAGGUGCUGCUGGACAUGGCUGUCUGGAUGCUCGACCACGGGCGGGGUGAGAGCGCCUCGUGCAUGGCCCUGCAGCUGGACGACUACGCCAGGCCCUCUGAGAGUGUCGAUCUCGUGCUGGGCAACGUGCUGAAGCCGGUCGUCGGUGUUCGCGGGGCGCCGUCCCGCGACUGGGGCAUCGUCUUUGCCCCGGCGGAGCUCGGCUUUGUCACCGAGACUGGGCAGGUCGACGACUCAGUGGUGUUGGGCAGUCCCUCUCGCCUGUGGGCACCACAGGUGGCAGAGGCUCUCGUGACACGCGCCUCCGCUGGCACGCGUCGCUCAAGGGGCAGUCCACAGGCCAGUCCUACGACACGUCUGUUCGACUCACUUACCCUUGCUCACUACGAACGGGACUUCAGAGACGCCGCCAAGGCGCUCGGAAACGAGAAGCUCAACAUCACACCGCACACCGUGCGGCACACAGCCCCCUCGCACGAUAUCUACCACAAGCACCGGACCUUGGAGCAGGUGCGACGCCGCGGCCGCUGGGCCGCCAAGAAGAGCGUCACUCGCUACGAGCGCCAUGCCAAACUCCUGAAGCAGUACAGCAAACUGACAACCGUGCAGAUCGCCAG